AUGGGUGCAAAGUAUCUUGCUACACUUCUAAAUUCAACCCCGAAAACCGAGUGUGCUGAAGUUGCACAGGAUAUUAGUAAUGCCAUCUUCAAAACACACACUGGUGCAGGAGAAAGAGCAGAGUAUAACUCAAAGGAAGAACAAGAGGUCCGCAUGCAACUGAUGUUCGAGAAAUGGCUAGGGAAAAGAGUCUGGACAGCAGCAUCAACCCAAGUUCAUGCAGGUCAGCUUGAACACAUCAAAAAUGGCUGCUUGAUGCAAACACAGCAAGAUGUGAGUUCUGAUGGAAGCCGUAUUGAGGGGUCUCACAAAGGCUGGAACCAUCUCAUGCGCUCCUUCAUGAGUGGCAUUGAGAUGUUCAAAGCUUUAGGCCAUGACCAUGUUCUCCGCCGGAACAUCUGUAUCAACUACAACUCAAAGAAUCCCAAUGACUUUAUCACUUUGACUCAUGGCACCUACCAUCUCCAACUUGUCAAUAACAUUUUGAAGCUGUGGAAUAUUCUUGUUGGAAAAGAAGCCCUUCACAAGAACGGGAAAAAGCACCUCCUUUGA